AUGGAACAAAAGCACGUUUUGUUGUCGGCAUUGAGCGUGGGGGUCGGGGUAGGUGUGGGUCUCGGUUUGGUCUCCGGCUCAACGCUCGGCCGAUGGGCCGGCGGCUCCGCCUCGGGAGGCAUCUCAGCCGAGGAGAUUGAGGCGGAGCUUGUGAGGUUGGUUGCUGAUGGCAACAAUAGCAAGGUUACGUUUGAGGAUUUCCCGUACUAUCUCAGUGAGCGGACACGCGUGCUAUUGACAAGUGCAGCAUAUGUCCAUCUAAAACACUUAGAUGUCUCUAAGCACACCCGGAAUCUUUCACCAGCUAGUCGGGCUAUAUUACUCUCUGGGCCCACAGAAUUAUACCAGCAAAUGCUUGCUAGGGCUCUAGCACAUCAUUUUGAAGCAAAGUUGCUACUCUUGGAUUUAGCUGACUUUUCACUUAAGAUGCAGAGCAAGUAUGGUGGCAGUGGCACAAAGAAAGAUUCUUCUCUCCAGAGGUCGAUAUCAGAAGUGACAUUAGAACGGAUGUCCAGUUUUUUCGAUUCAUUCUCUGUUCUUCCAUUAAGAGAGGAUAAAAAAUAUAUGUUACGGAGGCCAAGCAGUGAGUUUGAUACUGUAGUAAGGAAUGCUGAAGGAGGCACCAAUUCCUCAAAGCCUCGGAGGACUUCAUCUAUCUCUUCGGAUAUGAGUAGCAUGAGCGCCCAAUCGUCAUCUACAAAUGCAGCUGCUUCCAAGCGCAUCAACAGCUGGUCUUUCAAUGAGAAAAUCUUCGUGCAGUCACUUUACAAGGUGUUGGUUUCUGUUUCCCAAAACAGUUGCAUAAUCCUCUACAUCCGAGACGUGGACCGUAUUUUUGUCCAAUCCCCUAGGCUCCACAAACUUUUUGAAAAGAUGCUCAAUAAACUAUCCGGAUCCAUUCUUGUCCUCGGGUCCCGCAUGCUGGACUCCGCUGAGGAUGCUGUUGAAAUAGAUGGAAAAAUCAGUCUCUUGUUUCCUUACAACAUCGAGAUCAGGCCCCCAGAGGAUGAGAAUCAUCUCAUGAGCUGGAAGGCUCAGCUGGAGGAGGAUAUGAAGAAGAUUCAGUUUCAGGACAACAAGAAUCAUAUUGCCGAGGUACUUGCUGCAAAUGAUCUUGAGUGUGAUGACCUGGGCUCGAUUUGCCAUGCGGACACAGUGGUUUUGAGUAAUUAUAUUGAGGAAAUUGUGGUCUCAGCCGUGUCCUAUCAUUUGAUGAAUAACAAGGAUCCCGAGUAUCGUAAUGGGAAGCUCAUUAUAUCUUCCAACAGUUUGUCCCAUGGAUUAAGCAUCUUUCAAGAGGGAAAAAAUGGUGGAAAAGACUCGCUUAAGAUGGAUGAAUCAUUCAAGGAUAGUGAAGGUGGACCAAAGCCUGAUGCAAAGUCUGAAAACAAGACUGAGAUUUCUUCUGCAAAAGCUGAUGGAGAAAAUGCAUCCAUCUCAAAGCCACCGGAAGUUCUUCCGGACAAUGAGUUUGAGAAGCGCAUAAGGCCCGAGGUCAUACCUGCCAAUGAGAUUGGGGUCACCUUCUCGGACAUUGGGGCCCUUGACGAGAUAAAGGAGUCCCUACAGGAGCUCGUGAUGCUUCCCCUGCGCAGGCCUGACCUCUUCACUGGUGGGCUCCUGAAGCCGUGCCGGGGCAUACUCCUAUUUGGGCCUCCCGGCACGGGCAAGACCAUGUUGGCCAAAGCCAUUGCCAACGAGGCUGGUGCCAGCUUUAUUAAUGUGUCCAUGUCGACCAUCACGUCCAAGUGGUUCGGUGAGGAUGAGAAGAACGUGCGAGCCCUCUUCACGCUGGCAGCCAAAGUGUCCCCAACUAUUAUAUUUGUGGAUGAGGUUGAUAGUAUGCUCGGGCAGAGGACGAGGGUCGGGGAGCACGAGGCUAUGAGGAAGAUCAAGAACGAAUUCAUGAUGCAUUGGGAUGGGUUGCUGACAAGGCCUGGUGAGAGGAUUCUGGUACUUGCCGCCACCAACCGCCCAUUUGAUCUUGACGAGGCCAUUAUCAGGCGGUUCGAGAGGAGGAUUAUGGUCGGUCUACCCUCAGCAGAGAACAGAGAAAUGAUACUGAGAACACUUCUUUCCAAAGAAAAAGUAGAAGACUUGGACUUUAAAGAAGUUGCUGUCAUGACUGAAGGUUAUAGUGGAAGUGAUUUAAAGAAUUUAUGUGUGACGGCUGCUUACCGGCCAGUUCGAGAGCUUAUACAGCAAGAAAGCCAGAAGGAUAAGGAAAAGAAGAAGAGAGGUGAAGAAGGGCAGGGCUCUGAAGACGCUUCUACCGCCAAGGAAGAAACUAAAGAGGAAAAAGUUAUUUCACUGAGGCCCUUGAAUAUGGAAGACAUGAGGCAGGCAAAGGAUCAGGUUGCUGCUAGUUUUGCUUCCGAAGGGUCCAUAAUGGCCGAGCUGAAGCAAUGGAAUGAACUGUACGGUGAAGGGGGCACGAGAAAAAAGCAACAGCUAUCUUAUUUCCUGUAG